AUGGUAGAAGGAUGGCUAACCACUUCGAAAUCUAUGUCAGGUUUGUUUGGUAAAAGCUUGAUUUCAAAACAAAAAGGUAAUGGUGAAAGUAUUAAUUUAAAUGAGAAUAAUGAUGAUGUGAAAAACAAUAUAGUCAAUUUGGGUGAUUUUUCAAAUAAUGAUAAUUAUUUAGAAUCUAGAAAAGAAUUAAAAGGAGAAUUAGAUAGAAGCAAAGGAUCAUUACUAAGACUGUUUCAGUCAGAUGUAUUUGAUGCACAUCUUCACUUAUAUUAUAUAUAUCACCAUAAAGAAUUUGGAGUACAUGAAUAUCUUGUAAACUUACUAUAUGAAAGAUCUGAUGAGAUUUUGUGGUACUUACCACAACUAUGUGAAAUUUCUUUAAAUAGAUUUGAGAAAAGUAGUCUUUGGAAAUACUUUCUUGACAAAUCAAGUGAAAAUAUGAAUUUUUCUUUGAUUAUUUCUUGGAUGUAUCAAGCUAUGAGUGAAGAUAAUAUACCACUUGUUUCAGAAUAUGCUCAAAAUAUGCUUCAAGAAAUUGAAAUGGCAAUGGUAAAUAGUAAGCUUAAACCUGAUAUUAGAUAUAUAGAAAAAAGAUUAUAUUUUUGGAGAAGAUCUAAAUCAUGUCUUUUUCAUUCACUAAGCAGUCAAAACAUCAAAUUGGACAAUAAUCAAGAAGAUAUUGAAUCUCAAUAUAGCGAUUCUGAGAUGAUGAAUCGUGAAAAUACAAAAACUCAGUUAUCUUUGGCAAUUUAUUCUACCCUUCCAAGUAGUGAGACUAUUAAUUUAAAUGCAGAUGAAGAUUAUAAUAAAGAAGAUAAUAUGAUAUCUUCACAAACUGAUUCAAGUAUUCAACUUGGACUAGAGUAUAAUACAAUUCAAAGUAGUUCAAAGACUAUUAGACUUUCGUCUUGUGAUGUUUUACCAGAUAUUUGGAUUUACAGAAUUAUUAAUGAUGAUUUUAGCUGCGAAAAUAAAGAGAAAAUUGAAUAUAUACGAACAAAACUUAGUUUAAUAAAUCGUCAAUUUAAGAAUUUAUACUCGAAUGCAACUUGUGCAGCUUAUUACAAUCCAAAUCCUGGAACAUCUUAUUAUAUAAAUGGAGUUUCAUCAAAUACUUUUGGAUCAUUAAACCAAGGAUUUUUACCAACUAAUAUAAUAACUGGAUCAUCAUCUUUUGGUACAUUUAGUUCAAGUGGUAAUUCUAGUAAGAUCUCGAUACCCUACUUUUUCUUUUCAAAAUUGGGUUCUCCAUUUGAUUUAAUUGAUGUUAAUAAGAUAAUAAAUGAUAUUCAACUUAGAUCAAAAUCUAGAAUAAACCAUAUUAAUAAGAGCUAUAAUUUUAAUACAAAAGAAUUUAAUUCUGAAAAUAAUUCAAGCCCAAUGACUCCAAAAGACGUGAUAAGAAUUACCCAUCCUUUUUCACCUUCAGAAUCCAGUGAUUUGGAUGAUGAUAAAGAUAAUUGUGAUGAUAGUGUUACUUUCGAAGAGAUUAAAUUAAUUCCCGAUGUUAUUUGUGAUGAUGAAAGUAAUGAUAAUAAAGUUAUACCAAUAUUAACACCAAAUUCAGCCAAUAUUGUUAAAUCUUUGGAUAAUUUAUCUAAUGAGAAUUCUAGCUCUCCAAUACAAAUAAAUGAUAAUAUUCUUAAUAAUGAAGAAAUCUUCAAGGUUUAUAUAUCCGAGAUUGAAAAAGAAAGUGAAACACUUUAUUAUUUACUUAAACAACAUAGAUAUAAUUAUUUUAAUAGAGUGAAUCAGCUUGUUUCACAGUUUCUUGAGAUUUCAAAUUAUUUACAAUCAAAUAUUAAUAAGGAGCAUAGAUGUGAGAUUUUGGAAUUUAUUAUAGAGGAAUUAAAUCUUUGGCUCUUUUAUUCAAGAUUUUCAAUUUCAAUUUCAAGAACAACUUUUUUGUUAAAUAGUAUUUCUUUACCAAUGGCAUCAUUUAAUAAUGAAUUUUGUAGUAGGUUUUCUGAAAAUGAUUCAAAUUUAAAUCAAAAAAAUAAUAAUACCAAAGGGAUAAUUGGAUUUUCUCAUUCCAAUUAUAUCAUGGAUAAAGGUUUAUGUUCAUUAAAUAAUUGCCAAUUUUUACGUAUAAUUCCAAAUGAAUGCAAGAUUUAUAAUUCCAGAAAAAGAGUCCACUUUUUACUAGCAAUAGAAAUUGCAGAUCUUGAUGACCUAGAUUAUGAACUUGGUAAAAAAUCUCAAGAGUUGAUUUCCAAAGAUAUUCUUAAUUAUCUCAAGAAUCAUGGCAUUAAACUUAAAACUGGUGGGAAUGAGAAUGAUUUUGAUGAUAAUAAAAAUACAUCCCAAGAUAUAUUGCUUAAUUUUCUUAAUAUAUUAUCCAUUGGUAUUUCUGAAUCAAUUGAUAUGGGCUUAUCCCAGGAAGACUUUAAUCAAGUAUUUUUUAUUGAUAAUAAAGAUUCAGAAAACAUUGAAGAUUGUGAUGAUAUUCAUGAGAAUAAUAAUAAUGAAUCAAGUGAUGAUGAAGUUUUUAAUGAGAACUGGCCGCAAGAAACAUGGUCAAGUAAGAUAAAAAGAUAUAGAAAAGAUUCUCCCUACUCAAAACUUAAGAGUUGGGGAAUUAAGACUCUUUUACUGAAAUCUUCGGAUGAUCUUAGACAAGAAUAUCUUGCAUCUCAAUUACUUCAACAAUUUGAUUGGAUUUUCAAAAUUAAUAAGUUACCUUUAUGGCUUCAUCCAUAUGAAAUACUUGUUAUUGGUUCUCAUGGUGGGUUUAUUGAAUACAUUCAAGAUACUUUUUCAAUUGAUAGCCUUAAACGAAAAUUCCAGACUGAUAAUCUUUUAAAUUGCUUUGAUCAGUUAUUCAAGGAUGAUGAGCUUAAAUCUAAGGCAAGAAAAUGCUUUGUUGAAAGCCAUGCUGCUUAUAGUCUUGUUAGUUUUUUCCUCCAAGUCAAAGAUAGGCACAAUGGAAAUUUCUUAAUUGACAAGCAUGGCCAUAUCAUUCAAAUUGAUUAUGGGUUUAUGUUAAGUAAUUCUCCUGGUAAUGUUAAUUUUGAACAAAGCCCUUUCAAAUUAACUCAAGAAUUCCUUGAUGUUAUGAUGGGAGAAAACUCUUCUGAUUUUCAAUAUUUCCAACAACUAAUUAUUAAAGGAUUUUUAGCUUCCAGAAAACACGUCGACCAAAUUGUUUUAACUAUCGAAUCUAUGACUUCAGCAUCCAAACUUCCUUGUUUCUCUUUGUUCACAAACAAGGAAUACUUUGUUCAAGAAAUUAGAGACCGCUUUUUCCUUCAUCUUACUGAAGAGCAAUGUGUUAUUAAAGUCACUGAAUUAAUUCAAUCUUCUAUAAAUAAUUGGAGGUCCAUUCAAUAUGAUGCAUUCCAACGAAUUACAAAUGGAAUUCUUUAA